AACAUACCACUUGAACAACAGUCCGUCGUAUUCAUGCCCCUACCGAUAUCUUCGACGGUUCUUUCCCUGUUGUUCUCGCGUUAUCACCGCCUGGAUGAGUCUGAAUAUCGCAAACACAAAAACACACCGCAUGCGCUGAAUCCAAACGAUUACAAAAGCCAAUACCGGUCCACAUACGAGCGUGUGAAAGCGUACAUAUAAUUAUAGUUCAGUUUGGUGUUGCCUUCCGUCGAGUUUGGUUAUCGUGAGCCUUAUUGUGUCUGAAAUCCACCGAGUCAUCUUGCGGCAAACAAAAAAUGAAGAUAAGAGAAGUGCUGCUUUGUAUCUCGUUUUACAUCUUGCACAGCGAACAGUCUAAGUCCUAUGAUAACCACUAUUGGGCCGGUGUGGUAGAGUUCAGCUCUAAGGAAGCAUGGAGCAACCCUGCGGCGUCUCACAACAAUACUAUGAGCAACCUGGAGAAAUAUAAAGAAAUCAUCGGAUCACCUGACGCGUACCCCGUAGAUAUUAUGGUCUUCCCAGAGGGUACCCUGAAUUCGAUACACACAGCUUCGUUUGUACCCAAUCCAGAGGACAAUAUUUUCGCUUGUAACGAUCCUGAAUAUGAACCGGUAGUUCGUGAACUUUCAUGUCAUGCUCGGUCGCACCAAAAAUAUUUGGUCGUAAAUCUUAUUGAGAAGGCUCCAUGUCCAGAACCUGACGACCAGAGGCCUUGCGCGAAGGGUGGCCUGUACCGAUUCAACACGAACGUGAUAUUUGAUCGAAGAGGAGUGGUCAUUGCACGAUAUCGCAAGUUUAACCUCUUCUCGGAACCAGGCAUCAACACGACGGUCAAACCAGAAAUAGUUAAGUUCCACACCGACUUUGGUGUAACUUUCGGAACGUUCAUCUGCUUCGAUCUGAUGUUCGAAAAACCGGCACUGAAAUUGGUGCAGUCGGGCGUGACCGACAUCAUCUUCCCAACGAUGUGGUUUUCCGAAUUACCGUUCCUGACGGCCGUCCAAAUACAACAGGGCUGGGCGUAUGAAAACAACGUCAAUCUCUUGGCAGCAGGCGCUAGCUAUCCGCAAGUUGGCAGUACCGGUACGGGAGUGUAUGCCGGCAGACGUGGACGAAUCGUUUCCAUCAUGAGUCACACUGCGGAUAUACAGCUAUUUGUGGGUAAAGUUCCUAAGAUUGAUGCGACGGACGAAGUCGUGAUGCGACAACCCGUCAACAAAAACACCCCAGAAGAGAUGACCAGUCUCAACCUGAAACGUGAUCAAAUUGAUGGCUACGAAACUAGCAGCCUUCCCCUCACUAGUAAUGAUGAAUAUACCAAAAAGCUUUGUCAGAAGGAUUUAUGCUGCGAAUUCACCCUAAAUUACACUGUUAUCCUACCGACAGAUCCUGACGCGCAAUACUACAGCUACAGACUGGCAGUGCACGAUGGUAAUCGUACCUUCGAUGGACAUGCCGAUGGAAUCAUCACGACCUGUAGCGUUUUGGCAUGCACCGGAGAACGGCUCGCAACCUGCGGGAUACGGUUCUCCAACAGCUCCCCAGUUAAAAACGCGGUCCAGUUCAACUCAAUCGCAAUCAGCGGAGACUUCCCCGGGGGUAAAGAUGUAUUCCUGGUUCCAUCCAAUCUUGACACCAGUAUCCUACCAUUGGAAGUGACCGAGUUCGAUUAUAGGCAUCGGCUAUCUGAUUCACACAACUACGUCCAAUACAAUCUUACGAAUCCACGAUCCGACCUGUUGACGUUCGCCAUCUGGGGUCGGAAAUUCGUGCAAAGCGAUGCCGGAGCUAGAUGGGCUAAUGGCAUGUUAGUAAUGUUUGCUACUAUUUUUACCGUUUUGGCUAGGUGGAUCUAACAGAUUGGUUUCUAAAUUAUAUUUGGCGCAAUGUUCAAUCACACAGUAUCGUUGAUGUAUGCUUCACCAUUCCAGGGACGAGCAGCACAGCGAGCUGUAGCUGAUUUAGAUAUCGACUGUGAAGAAAAACGAGAAUAUUGAAGGGUGUUAAUGGGAUUAAAAACAGUAAUUGGCUUCAAAAUUCACCAACGUUAUUGGACAAGAUCAUCCCAGUCAAUUGAACAAAAGACUUGAACAUAGUUUUUAAUAUGAGAUUAAAGAAUAGA